AGUGCUAGUUCCGGUCGGUACGUUUCUGCUUCCGGGUCGCAGCCGGUGCCCUGGCGGCCGCCCGCCUCCUCACAGCGACUUCCGGAGGCGCCUGGGCAGGACGCGGGUCAGCGGGAGACGCCACGAUGAGGCUUUACAGUCUAAGUGUCCUUUACAAAGGCGACCCCAAAGUGCAUUUACUGAAAGCUGCCUACGACGUCUCCACUUUCAACUUCUUCCAGAGGUCUAGCGUCCAAGAGUUCAUGACCUUCACGAGCCAGCUGAUCGUGGAGCGCUCGGAGCUGGGCAGCAGAGCCUCCGUCAAGGAGCAAGAGUACCUCUGCCACGUGUACGUCCGCAAUGACGGGCUAGCCGGAGUGGUGAUUGCCGAUAACGAGUACCCGCAGCGGGUUUGCUUCACCUUGCUGGACAAGGUGCUGGAUGAAUUCUCCAGGCAGGUCAGCAAAACAGACUGGCCUUCGGGAUCCCCGGCGACAAUCAGCUACGCAGCCUUGGACAGUUACCUCAGUAAAUACCAGAACCCCCGCGAGGCGGAUCCGAUGACCCGGGUGCAGGCGGAGCUGGACGAGACCAAAAUCAUCCUGCACAACACCAUGGAGUCUCUGCUGGAGCGAGGGGAGAAGCUGGACGACUUGGUAUCCAAAUCGGAGGUGCUCGGGGCACAGUCGAAAGCCUUCUACAAAACUGCCCGAAAGCAGAACUCGUGCUGUAAAAUCAUGUGACCCGGACACCUGGGUCUCCUGCUCCGGACCAUCAGGCCUUCGCUCCCGUUCAGAUCUCAACUGCACCCAGGACAGAAAGCAAAAGACCAAGGGGGGGUUCCCGGGCCUGGGCUGCGCUGCGGAGGCCGGCGCCAGGGCUAGGGCUGGCCUUCCUCGGCACCGCGGGCUCCGAUGAGCCGCGGGCUUGGGAGAGCGGCGGAGCCCCGCCGCCCUCGCCCUCCUCGAGGGCAGUUUGGACCACGUCAAGCCCGGCGGCAGGCCGGGUGCUGACUGCUGCCUUUACACUCCUAACACUAGCCAGCGCCUUGGUGUUGCGGCGAUGCCAGCCCAGGGGCAGCUGAGGGGCGAGG